UACUCAAGCCUAUAUAAGAGCGACAGAAACCUCACAAAUGUUCCAACGCCAAACCCAAAAGAUGAUACAAUCUAAUCAUACUACAUUUCUCUCCUCUGUUCUUCUCCUCUUUCUCCUUCUUCACGUCUCUGCUACCUCCGCUUCUGUCUAUGACGACUUCGUUCAAUGCCUCAACACCCACCCAAACUCCUCAGCCACCAAGAUAGUCAUCCCCCAAAACAACCCUUCUUUCACUUCAACUCUCAGAGCCUACAUCCGCAACGCUCGCUUCAACACCUCCACGACUCCCAAACCAGUCCUCAUCCUCACGCCGACGACCGAGUCCCACGUCCAGGCCUCCGUCCUCUGCGCCGUUCAACUCAAACUCCAACUCAAAAUCCGAAGCGGCGGACACGACUACGAGGGCAUCUCAUAUGUCUCGUCCGAAAAGACUUUCGUAAUCCUCGACCUGUUCAACCUUCGGUCAAUCGACGUCAACGCCGAGGACGCCACCGCGUGGGCCCAAGCCGGCGCGACUCUCGGAGAGUUGUACUACCGAAUCUCCGAGAAGAGUAAAACGCUCGGGUUUGCCGCUGGGAUUUGUCCCACUGUCGGUGUCGGUGGACACAUCAGCGGCGGCGGUUACGGAAACUUGUUGAGGAAGUACGGCCUCGCCGUCGAUAAUGUAUUGGAUGCAUUGAUUGUUGAUGUGAACGGGAAGCUUCUGGAUAGAAAGGCAAUGGGGGAGGAUCUGUUUUGGGCUAUCAGAGGCGGCGGUGGAGGAAGCUUUGGAGUGAUCAUAUCCUAUAAAUUGAAGUUGGUUCCGGUGCCGGAAACGGUUACGGUUUUCCGGGUGAUGAGUUACACAGAAGGUAAUGCAACCGACGUCGUUUUGAGGUGGCAGGAGGUGGCGCCGACCACGGUGGAUGAUUUGUGGAUGAGGAUGUUGUUGCAGCCGGUGACUUCUCCGACCAACAAGGGGAAGAAGACUGUUAGGAUUUCGAUUCUGGCAGAGUAUUUAGGCAAUGCUAAUCAGUUAGUUUCUAUUUUGGGUAAGGAGUUUCCUGAAUUGGGUUUGAAGAAGGAGGACUGUUUGGAAAUGAGUUGGAUUGAGUCUGUGCUUUGGUGGAACGAUGGUUCAACUCCCAAUGUGACCAAACCAGAGGUUUUGCUUGAUCGAAAUCUCGACCAGGCGAGUUUCGGGAAGAGGAAGUCAGAUUACGUGCAGACCCCGAUUUCGAGAGAAGGGUUGGAGUCAUUGUGGAAGAAGAUGAUUGAAGGCAAGACUGGUUUGGUGUUCAAUCCAUAUGGUGGGAAAAUGGCUGGAAUUUCGGCCUCCGAUGCGCCUUUUCCUCACCGGGCUGGGAAUUUGUUUAAGAUUCAGUACUCGGUGAAUUGGGACGUUGCAGGAGAGGAAGCAACUAAUGAGUAUUUGAACCAAAGUAGGGUGCUUUACAGUUUUAUGACCCCAUUUGUGUCCAAGAAUCCAAGGAGUGCUUUCUUGAACUAUAGGGACCUUGACAUUGGUGUCAACAAUUUUGAGAAGAAUAGCUUUGAACAAGGGAAGGUGUAUGGAUUGAUGUACUUCAACGACAAUUUCGAUAGGUUGGUGAAGGUGAAGACUGCUGUUGAUCCAGGAAAUUUCUUCAGGAAUGAGCAGAGUAUCCCACCUCUUUCAAGUUUCCACUCAGCUGCGACUAGUGGAUCAAGUUCAAACAUCUCAAUGGGGAAGCUGCUGGCUUUACUGCUAUACUUGCUUAUUGGAGCAUCAUUCUUAUAAGGUGGUGCCAAAUCAGCUGCUUAUUAUCCACUGUAAGACUUACAAGGAACCUCAGCACAGGAAUUAGGGAAAUUAGCUUCUAGUUCAGGUCUAACUGGUGCCUAGCUGUGUAUUAGUUAAUUAAUCAUUAGUCUUGCAACCUGGUAGUUACUUGGUUAGUCCUAACAUCAAUUUGUUAUUAUUGAAUAUAAUUAGUUAAUCAAAAUUUUGAUUC